ACGUCGGGGGUCUUGAAUUGUUCGACGUGUAUAAUCCGCGGUGGGCGGGGUUAAGGGCUGCACACACACACACACGCAGAGCUGUUUCAAGCUCACCCGCCGCCCCUCGGUGCUGUUCCCCCGGUGCUCCGAACUUUUUCCGCCGUCUUCCUUCCACCAACGUCCGCUGCGGGUUAAUGUCGCUCCGGUGGCGGAGGUUGCCGCGGUCGCUCAGUCGGUAGAGUCCAGAGAACUUGCUCCUUCAAUGGGUUGAGGAGCGAGUGUGUGUUCGCGGUGGGUGGGUGGGGGGGGGGGGAGAACUAACGGUGCUCGGCGUUAGCUCCGUGCUAGCUUCGCAGCAACAGGUCGGCUAGUCCCCCGGGGGCUCGAACAUGGAGCGCUCGGUUUUCUCGAAAUACUCCUGGAUCGACUUCAUCUUCUCGGUGAUCGGAGUGUGCACCUUCCUGGUGGACUGGGGAUCGGACGUGUGGGUGGCCACCGAGUUUUACUGCCGCGGGGACCUGCUGUGGUUCGCGGUGCUGGUCGGCCUCAUGGUCCUGUCCUCGGUCGUGGUCCAGAUGUUCAGCUGGUUCUGGUUGAAGUACGACCGGGAGCUGCCCGGGUUCAGCAGCCGCCCCGGAGCAGGGACCGUGCUGUUCGGGGACCGAGUGAAGCUCUCCUGCCUGUUACAUGUGCUGCAGCUCGGCUUCCUCUGCAGGCACAUCUCCGCCAUACGCCAAGGCUUCAGGGUUUGGUGGCGGAAAGAGGAAGGGUCAGAGUACGCAGUGUACCUGACACAUGACCUCAGCAUGCUCCGACUCAUCGAGACGUUCUGUGAGAGCGCUCCCCAGCUCACCCUCAUGAUCUAUGUCAUGCUGCGCACCAACAAGGCUCGGACUGUUCAGUUUGUGAGCAUUGCUGCGUCAACCACCUCCAUAGCCUGGAUGGUGGUGGACUACCACCGCUCCCUGCGCUCCUUCCUCCCAGACAAAGCCAAGCAGGGCUGGGGUUCCUCCUUGAUCUACUUCCUGUGGAAUCUGCUGCUAAUCGCCCCCCGUGUGGCAGCGCUCGCUCUGUUUGCCUCUGUCCUGCCCGGGUACAUCGGCGCCCACUUUCUCAUGCUGUGGUUUGUCUUUGUGUUGUGGGCCUGGCAACAGAGGACGUACUUCAUGGACAGUGUGGGUGGCGAGUGGCUCUACCGGGCCACCGUAGGACUCAUUUGGUACUUCAGUUGGUUCAAUGUAGCAGAGGGUCGGACGAGAGGCAGGAGCCUCGUCUACCAUUCCUUCAUUACCACUGAUGCAGGAAUCCUGCUGGUGACCUGGUGGUGCUACAGAGACCCUGUCCAGACAGAGUCUUACGCCCUGGCUCUGAUCAUCACUCUACCUCUCACCUACCUCCUUGGACUGCUCUUCAAGACCGUCUACUACUGCUGCUUCCACCCCAAACUGUGGAGGCCCCCGAUGAGGGACCCCGGGCUGCCCCAUGAUCUGCCUGAUGCUGAAGUGUCCUUCAGAGACAUUACCAUCCAGGACGGCACGCUGUCCUCCCAGCUGUUAAACAAACGGAUGGCCUGCCACGCCUCAAACUUUUACUCUGAGCGGAAGUCGUUGGGACAGAGGGACAAAACCAAUAAAGCAGAAUCACCAUGAUGUCUAUGAUGUCUGUGAUGUCACAGCAAAUCGUAUUUUACUGAUAAAUGGAGUGUUGUCCAUCUCCAUCAGUCCAACUCUGUUUCCUAUGCUCAGUUUAAACCACAGAUAUAAUGAAGAAGGAACGAAGUGAAACCAAAACAUCCUCGAUGCGAGCACUGCCAUCGUGUCAAUGACGUCAUCUUUAUAUCUGACCUGAUUUGAACCAACAAGCUCACAAAUAAAAAAACAGAUUCAGGUACUUUAUACAAACACCUAAUAUUUACGAAGGCUCAAUACAAACACUGCAAUAUAUCUCAACUGUACUUGAAGUUACUGUAAUAUAAGCUAAUCUUUUGAAAAAUGCUAAUCACAUUUGACAGAUUUUUUUUUACCAGUGAAUGUAUUUUAAUAUCUUUGAUACAGAGUCAACUUAAACAUGUUACUUUUUUAUCUUUUCAUAUUUAGCACAUUGCCAAAGAUUUGUUGUGUCAACACCUUGUUUUUCCAUAAUGCAAACUUUCUAAUUGAGUUACUUUUGAAAUUGACUUUAGAUUAUACGAUCGUACUAUUAAUGGGUUCACGUGACAACAGAUGUGCAUUGUACUUUUGGGUUGUGUCACAGCUGCUACCACUAGAACCUUUCUGAAGGACCUUGAAUGUGGAUCGAUUUAGAUUUUCUGUGUCCUGAUACUGCGUCCUCUGAAGGACAGAAAACACAUUUAACAACAGAUCACUCAAACUGUUGGUGUCACAAAGUCAUAUUCUUGUUUAAUUGUCACAAAUGUUUUUUUCCUAGUUCAGUUCAAAACUCAACAAAACAAACUUUUGUGGUUUGUUUUUCUUCUCAUGUUUAUGGGUCAUACUGUGCUGAACAAUUAUUCUAGGUGUUCUGUUGAAAUCUUUUUAAAAGUCUGUUGCCAUUGUUGUUUUUGGUUUGUGUUAUUUUUACAUGUCGAACCUGUUUUAGUUUAUUCGUUUCAGAAAUGUUCAGAAUGGAUGUUCAUCUCAUUUGCUACGUGCAAUUAUUAAAAA